CUCCUCACCACCCGUCAUGGAAGAGCAGGAGUACAUCACCAUCACACUAUGUUCAGUACAUUGGAAGGAAAGCUCAGCUCGAAAAAAGAGGAUAAGGAGACUAAUGCAAGAGCCCGGAUCCAAAGCAUUCUUCCCCGCACUUACCAUUACAGCAAGGAGGUGCCAAUCUUCCCCCAAUACGGACCCCCGCAUGCAGUGUUCCCCAAAAUGCGGCAAAUGGCACCCAGACGACUAGCAACCGUUCUGUAACCCUAGCCGUUGUCGUUUGCCGAUAUGCAAGGCUGUGGGGGAAAAUGCCCGUAGCACUCGCUCACAUGACAGGCUGCCUAAGGCAUGUCCGUAGAGAGUCUAGUCCUGCUGCACUACAUCCGCGACCACUCCAUGACCACGUGGAAUCAUCUUUCCUCUUCUUAUCCCUCCUCAUCGUAUCGUGCUGCAAUUCCAAGUGAGCAGCCAUGGAUGAGAAAACAGAAACUACGCAUGUCGAGGUUGCCCAUAGCCGCACUGCGCACAUCGUGCCCAUUGACCAAGAAGCAAAUGAGGACGUCAAGCAUGUCAACCUCUCUUGGCGAUCAUGGAUGGUUGUUUUCUGCUGUUGCUUUGCGGUCAUGUCUCAGGUCUUUGUCGUCGUAGCUGCAGGCUCUGUUCUGUCCUUUAUCAUUCGCGAGUUGGGAGAACCUGCAAUUGCUAGCUGGAUCAUUCAGGGCCCGCUCCUUAUGCAAUCAGUCCUUUCACCCCCGGUUGGCCGUCUUUCAGACGUUCUCGACCGCAAAUUAUUCGCCACUAUACCACCUCUGAUAGCAUGUGUUGGUGCCAUCAUUUGUGCCAAAGCUACCAGCAUGUCCAUGUUGAUUGGUGGUGGUAUCCUCAUUGGCACCACGCUUGCCACAAUAUCCAUCGUCCAAUCCAUUCCUUCUGAAAUCCUUCCUUUGAAGUACCGCGCUUUAGCAAAUGGACUUGCUGGUGUUGCAGGUGUAAUGGGAGGCACUGUUGGUAGUUUAGCAGCGGGAGCCGUCACAAACCUCAGUGCUUCAGGCUGGCGAUACAUCUUCUGGAUCCAAGUCGCCCUCCAUGGCAUCACAUCACUAGGUCUUUUCGCAUUCUAUUGGCCCAAGAAACGCACAGAUUACCCACGAAUGCGCUUCAAGGAAUGGGCAUGGGCUUGCGAUCCUAUCGGCUCCCUUUUGCUAGUUGCCGCUGCCACUCUGAUGCUCCUUGCUCUCAACUGGGCAGGUGGCGCAUAUCGAUGGAGCGAUCCGCACGUAUGUGCAAACUUGACAUGUGGAAUCGUUCUCUUCAUAGCCUUUUGUCUCUACGAAUGGAAAGGAAGAUCAGACGGCAUCGUCGCCCACGUCUUCUUCUCCACAGGCCCCAACUUUUGGCUCUCAACCUUCGCCUUCACAAUCGAAGGCUGGAUUUACUAUUCCGCCAUCAACGCCGUAACCCCACAAGUCAUUCUCAACCUCGGUUUCGAAGACAACUCCUGGAACAUCGCAAUUCGCCAAUUAUCCUACAAAGUCGCUUCCAUCUUCACUUCCCUAGCAGUAACAUGGUGGGCCACCAAAUUCAAAGACCUAAAAACACCCUUAGCAGUAACCUUCACAAUAAUGCUGAUAGCAUCCAUCUGCUUCGCCUUUAUAAAACCCACAUGGGGCACCCUCCAAAUCGUCUUCACAGCCCUCACCGGCAUCGGCUGCGCGGGCCCCUUAACCCUCCUCGUCGCAUGUAUCCAGUACACCGCGCCCCACGCCUUCCUCUCCACAGCAACGGGUCUCGCCUUCUCUGCUCGUGCCAUCGGCGGCUCUUUUGGUACCGCUGUCAUUUACGCGAUUGUGAACUCUCAUGUAGCCUCGCAUCUCGCCCGCGACGUUGGAUCUGCGGCCACAGCCGCCGGCUUACCCGCUUCUUCCGUACCCGCGCUUCUGGCUGCUAUGAAGGGCAAAUCCGCGUCGUCGUUUAAGGCCGGUGUUGUGCCUGGUGCUAACGAAGCGAUUGUUGCGGCGGCGUGGAAUGCGAGUCACUGGUCUUAUGCGCGUGCUUAUAGGUUGGCGUUUUGGAGUAUAGUGCCUUUUGUGGCGCUGGCGACGGUUGCGGUGGUGGCUAUGAAGGGGGUUAAGCAUCUUAUGACGGAGAGGGUGGAGGCGAGUGUUGAGAUUGAGGUUGAGAGGGAGGACGGGAAGGACGGGAAGGGGGUGUGAGGGAGAUAUUAUUGUAGCAUCUUGAG